AGGUUAGGUACAAGGGUUUUUAAAAAUCGUUGUUUAUAAUUCUAGAACGCAUGUGUUUAAGAACUUGUUGUUUUGAUCUGAAUAUUUAAAGUGUUGACAAUAAUUUUACCGUAUUACGUUAGCAUUUAACCCUACAAUACGUAUUGUUUUUUUAAGACAGUAAACGUAAUAAAUAAAUAUUGAUUUGUUAAAACGUAAAAGGUAACCUCCACGUAGUGUUACACGUGUUUUCAAAUCCCAUUAAUAGGAAACCUCAAGAAUUGUUUUAAUAGAACGUUUGUUAAAACGCCAUAACGCUAGAGUAUUCUAUUCAAAUGGCUACUAACUGCAUAAUGAAAGAAAAUUGUAAUUCGUUUAAUGAAACAUACACUGAUGAUGAUGGCUUGACUGCUGAUGAAUUAAUUUCCUCUGCUAAUGGUUUAACAUACAAUGACUUUAUUCUACUGCCGGGCUACAUUUACUUCUCUGCAGAUGAAGUGGAUUUAUCCUCAUACUUGACAAAAAGAAUUGUUUUAAAAGCUCCCUUUGUUUCUUCCCCAAUGGAUACUGUUACAGAAGCAGAAAUGGCAAUUGCAAUGGCUUUAUGUGGUGGUAUAGGCAUUAUACACCACAACUGUUCACCUGAAUAUCAAGCCAAUGAAGUUCUUAAAGUUAAACGUUAUAAACAUGGGUUUAUUCAUGAUCCUGUAGUAUUAGCACCACAUAAUACAGUUGCAGAUGUCUUUGAAGUCAAAAAAGAACGUGGUUUUUGUGGAAUUCCAGUUACUGAAAAUGGAAAGCUUGGAGGAAGGUUGGUUGGAAUUGUAACAUCUCGAGAUAUUGAUUUUUUGGAACAAAAGAACAAUCAUGAUGUAAAAUUAGAAACUAUUAUGACAAAAUUGGAAGAUCUUGUAACAGCCCAGGCUGGUGUUACACUUUCAGAAGCUAAUACAAUUUUGGAAAAAAGUAAAAAAGGCAAAUUGCCUAUUGUUAAUGCACAGGGAAACCUAAUAGCUCUUAUAGCAAGGACAGAUUUAAAGAAAUCUCGCAGUUAUCCUACUGCGUCCAAAGAUGAAAAUAAACAAUUGCUUGUUGGAGCUGCAAUAGGCACCCGUGAAGAUGAUAAACUAAGAUUGGCUUUAUUAGCUCAAGCUGGCGUGGAUGUCAUCAUUAUUGAUUCAUCACAGGGAAAUUCUAUAUUUCAGAUUGAAAUGAUAAAGUAUAUUAAAAAGACAUAUCCCAAUUUGCAAGUAAUCGGAGGAAAUGUUGUCACUGUAAAGCAAGCUAAUAAUUUAAUACAAGCUGGUGUGGAUGCCCUUAGAGUUGGAAUGGGGAGUGGUAGCAUUUGCAUAACACAAGAAGUAAUGGCUGUUGGAAGACCACAAGCUACUGCUGUGUACAAAGUCGCAAAUUAUGCAAGAAAAUUUCAUAUUCCAGUAAUUGCUGAUGGUGGAAUACAAUCUAUAGGACAUGUUGUAAAAGCUCUAUCACUGGGGGCAUCAACUGUUAUGAUGGGGUCAUUACUGGCUGGAACUUCUGAAGCACCUGGUGAAUAUUUUUUUGCUGAUGGUGUUAGAUUAAAAAAGUACAGAGGGAUGGGAAGUUUAGAAGCUAUGAGCAGAGAAGAUGCACAGGGUUCUGCAAUGGACAGAUAUUUUCAUAACGAAAUGGAUAAAAUGAAGGUAGCCCAAGGUGUCAGUGGAUCAAUAGUUGACAAAGGUUCUGUGUUAAGAUUUGUACCUUAUCUUCAGUGUGGAUUGAAACAUGGAUGUCAAGAUAUUGGAGCAAAGUCUGUCGCUGAACUGAAGAAUAUGAUGUAUAGUGGUGAGCUGAGAUUUGAAAGAAGAUCUCAUUCUGCUCAAAUUGAAGGAAAUGUUCAUGGUCUUUUUUCUUAUGAAAAGAGGCUUUUCUGAGACACAUUCCUUAUUCCAGCAAAAGUAGAAAGUAUAAGGAAUAACUUAAAGAAGACAAACCAGAUUUAUUAAAUAAUUAUUAUCGAAAGUGUCUAUAUUGUGCAACUUUGAUUUACAAAGUAUUGUAAUUGUAAAUUAUUAACUAAAUUGAAUCGUAUUUUUUGUAUAUUGUAAGAUAUUUACUCUAUAUGAUUUAUCAUAAACACUUAGGUGUAAUAUGGUACAAAAUGAAAAUAUUGAAUCUAAAAUAAAAAAUGGUACUUAAUAAUUAA